AUACAGUAAUGGAGUUCGUGUUGUUUUUGCUGAUCAAAGGAGAAGAUGUCGGGCCCUCAGUGCUGCUCCAACCCACCGACCCUGAACCCAAGCGCCGGAGCUGGCCAUGUUGAACAGCUCGGUGGCCUCAGCAGCUACGUCUCUGGCUCCCCCGACUCCAAGCUUGCCAUCCUUCUCAUCUCUGACGUCUUUGGUUAUGAAUCUCCAAAGUUGAGGAAGCUUGCAGACAAGGUUGCAGCUGCUGGAUUUUAUGUGGUGGUUCCUGACUUCCUUCAUGGAGAUCCCUAUGCCCCUGAAAAUGCUGAUAGGCCUGUACAAGUUUGGUUGAAGGAUCAUGGACCGGAUAAGGCAGCUGAGGAUGCAAAGCCAGUAAUUGAAGCUGUAAAAAGUAAAGGUGUUUCUGCAGUUGGGGCUGCAGGCUUUUGCUGGGGUGCCAAGGUUGUGGUUGAACUUGCAAAGUCUGAACUUAUCCAAGCUGCUGUGCUAUUACAUCCUUCAUUUGUCACUCUGGAUGAUAUCAAGGGGGUUAAGGUUCCUAUUGCGAUACUGGGAGCUGAGAUUGACAAACUUUCUCCGCCCGAACUCUUGAAACAGUAUGAAGAGGUCUUAACUGCUAAAUCGGAGGUGGAUGGUUAUGUUAAGAUAUUUCCAAAAGUCGCACAUGGGUGGACGGUUAGAUACAGUGAUGAAGAUGAGGCAGCUGUGAAGUCUGCUGAGGAGGCCCAUCAGAACCUGAUAGAAUGGUUUGCUAAGUAUGUUAAGUGAGAAUUGUCAAGUUAAAUACUUGUGUGUCACGUUGAGACUGCCUGGAAAUCAACCUGUAGUAUUUAAGAAUCUGAAACAAUGUGUUUAUGAAUAAUGGGUAGAAGUUGCGUGCUUUAUCUGAAAAAAUAAUGUGUUUAUGAAUAAGGAGCUUUGUUGAUUCUUUA